AUGGCAUUUUACUCCAACAGUGACCCAGUCCUAUGCAGAGCCUUUUCUUUAUCACUCAAGGGAGAGGCAUUGUCGUGGUAUAACGCUCUUCCUCCAAAUACAGUGGAUUGCUUUGCCACGGUGCAAACCCUCUUUGGAAGACAAUAUGCAUCUAACCGGGUACAAGAACUAACAGCCGCAGAAUUGGUAAACACUAAGCAAGAGAAAGGGGAAACUUUGAAGGCCUUUAUGAAAAGGUACACUGAAACUGCACGACGAAUUAAAGAGGUAAAUCACUCUUUUAUCAUCAGCAAUUUACCUUCAUGUCUAAGACCAGGAUAUUUUGCCGAAAAAUUGUAUGCACGACCACCAAAAACCAUGGAAAAACUCCAAAAAAGAAUGGCUGAAUUCAUCCGUAUGGAGGAAAUGCAAAUUUCACAAAGAAAGCGACAACAAGAAGUUGACGAAGGCGGAAGAAGAAAAGACAACAAGCGACCAUUCGGCAAUAAUGAUAAAAGUGGGGACCUUCCCCGAACAUUCAAGUUUAAUCAUUAUACAGCCCUCAACACACCGAGGGCAAAAGUUUUUGAAGAAGCUCUUAGUGCUCAACUCCUCACACUUCAAGAGAAGGCAACUCCCAAAAACGCCGACGAACGGAAGAGUUGUCGGUUUCAUCUAAACUGUGGCCAUACCACAGAAGAAUGUGGAGCAUUGAAGGAUGAACUAGAAAGGCUUAUUCGAGCAGGAUAUCUCCUAAAGUAUGUGAAGGAAGAAGGGACCCGAGGAAGAAGCCCCCCGAGAGGAAGAUCUCUACACAGAAGUCCUGAACGGUCAUACCGAAGGGAGGAGCGAGAACGAAAAUAUGAUCGCAGCCGUAGUCGAGAUCAUGUGCAGGAACAACCAGUUCGUGGGCGUAUUGAUUAA